AUGGAAGAGCAUGGAACUAGCCCAAUUCUCUAUGAGGCUGAUGACCAUUCUAUUGCCCUCAUGGACAUUCCUACAUCGAUAGCAAAAGGUCAAGAUAUCUUUAGCCACCCGAUCCGCAAACGCCUGUUAUCAAGUGAGCCUUUACCGCGUCCGUUUCCUUCCCAAGUAGCUGGUUCGCCAGCGAAGAGGAGAAAGUUGACCGGCAACACGUCCGAUCCCGAUGUACAUCGGGAGCUCUGGCCACGGAUUGAAAAAGCAGUGCAUGAAGUGCGAAAAACCCAUUCGGGAGAUUGGUGCCUCCCUCGGGCCAUCGCAUCCAAAAAGCGGAGAGCUUCGUCGAAAGGGGAUGAAGAUUCUCUGACUGAACCUGAUCACACUUACUGGUCUACAUUAAGCGGAGGAAAAGCCGAGAAGACAACAUUAUUCUCCGCGUCUUCUGAGUACUCCUUCGUUCUGAGGCCGUUGAUAGAACCUUCUGAGGAAGCUCAACCUCAGUCAUAUGAGCAAAUCAUAGCCAAUCCAUCAUCCAAACCCUCCCUACUCCUCCUACCCGUGGCGGAUGAUAAAUCCGAACUGCUGAAGAGCUAUUUCUCUUUAAACCCCACGCUCCCCCCGACCCCCUUCUUCGUUCCACCAAAAUCCGUUGCCCUCCUCUCCACCAUCCCAAACCGCCCUCUCCUAUCCCACGCCACCCGCAACCACCUAUCCCCUUCCCCUCGAUCUGGCCAACGAAAUUUCGAUUUCAUCCUCCUCGACCCACCAUGGCCGAACGCCAGUGCCCGCCGGGCAAAAUCCUACCAAUCCCAGAGCAACAACAGCUCCAAGAAAUCAAGAGGUAGAGGAACGUCGCAUGCACCACCGCAGAGCAAUCAUCACAUAUAUUGCUUAGAGUCCGUCACGUCGAUCAUCGACGACAUCGGCUUAGAGCAGCUAAUCAGCCCGAACGGCUACAUCGCCGUAUGGAUCACCAACAAGCCCACCGUGCGCUCCGCGAUCCUCGACGACGGCGGAUUCUUCCACUCGCUAGGCAUCCGAUGGUUUGAGGAAUGGGUCUGGGUCAAAAUGACCGUCUCUGGAGAUUCCGAUACCACAGAGGACGGCGCGUGGAGACGCCCGUAUGAAUGUCUUCUGAUCGGCCAGGUUGUGACGGGCUCGGAAGAUGCGGAGAAGGGUGGGCAGGAAGUGCGGAGGAGGACCUUACUCGCUGUGCCGGAUGUGCAUUCGAGGAAACCGAACCUGAAGCGCUUGGUGGAGCGCUGGUUGCUGAAUGGUGCGGGGGAUGGCGAGUAUAAUGCCAUGGAGAUCUUUGCGAGGAAUACAACGGCGGGCUGGUGGGCUUGGGGGGAUGAAGCGUUGCGGUUCAACUGGACUGGAUGGUGGGAAGGGAGGGAAGAUGGGAUGUCAGGGGGCGGUGAUAACAAUGGGGAGACUGGGAGAUUGAUACCUUAA